ACCUGAAGACAGUCACUGAUGUCUGUGAUUUAUUUUGAUUUCUACUUGUGAGGCUUUGAUUAUAGACUACAUUUAAUGUUAGCACUCCCCUCAGUAUUCAGUGACUGAAUGCAACAUAAUUGGAGUCUAUCGUGGCGUAAAAACAUCUAUAGGAUCUCUGCUUUUGUGGUUAACAUUAGGUUGAUACUUGUCAUAGCUUGUGUUAAUAAAAUCACUGAUGGAUAACAGAAAAGAGAUUUAUUAUGUAAGGUAUGUGCACAUCUCUCUCUCUAAAGUUGAAGCAGGAACUGUGCACAAUUUUUCCGUGCUGUCUGGUUUAUCUACUGUACUCCAGACAAGCAAAGAAAGCCUAAGAAGCUUUCACUGAGGUGUCGACAUGAACAGUCUGCUGGUUGGUGACCAGAGGUUGACCCACCACCACAGCUGUCAGUGUCAAAGUGAAGCAAAGAGAUCCAGACCGAGGCAUCUGCAUCAGAGCACCCUAAACUUAGGUGACAUGGCAGCCUGCUACACCACCACUCACAAUCAGAGUUAUUCUGGCAGGCUGGCUGACGGACGUCCUCUUAUUUUCCAUCUGAGAGAUCCAAGCUUCCCCUCACAGCAUCGGAGCCAGCUGGAUCUCAGUCACAACAUCACAUCUAUGCAGUGUCUGCUGCAGUCACACACUAAACAUGAGCACGGGCCCAAGCACAUCACUCCUAGGACCAACCUGAAGGUGGAAAACUGGGCUCGGUAUCGCAGUGGCCAGGCGGUCAAAGAGAUCACCAACCCACAGGAUCCAUCUGAGUACUGGACCACCUACAAAACAUGGCAUACACUCCCAGUAACUGAUGGCUUGCCACAGUUGACUGGUGGCAGACCAACAAAGUGGCACCAACACAACAUACUAACAGGUGAACAGAGGCAGACCGUGGGUCAAGGAAAGCCCAUCAGACGUACCAGAGACAACCUGCUGUGGGCAGCGAGGUGCUGGGAGACAGACUGCUCUGCACUCAGACUUUACUGACACACUUUACUGCAAUUACAGUACGCUAUACACUGCAAUGACUGACAGGAAAUGGCUGCACAACAACCC